AGCACGUCUUAAAGGAAGAUAUAUUAUAUACAUAGGCAUUUACUUAUUGCUGCCUUCGUUAUACUUUUUCUUGGCGCAAUAGUGUUCCGAAAAUAUGUACCAAAGUGUCAGGUGUUAUUUACUAGCAAGUUUAAAAACAGUUGAAUAUUGAUAAAUCUUCCAUAUUCACAUCAUUCAACAUAUAUAACAUGCAAAGUUGAGUUUGCUUGUUUCUCGGGCGAGGCUUUUGUGUUGCACGAUAUUAUUCAAAAGUAAUCAGCUCUUGCUUAAACUUUUUGGGAGAUUGCACAACUUGCACACAAUUGCCGUUCAAAAAUCUGAAUGUCUAAGAAAAUGUGCAUGGUAGGUAUAGUUAAAUGUGGGCAUCAAGUAAAUGGCAUAGAUUUGUAAUCUUAUUUAUAUAGCUAAAAAAAUGAGAGAAAAUUGAUGCACCAGGGAACGAUAUAAAUUAGCGGUCGUAUUUUUUACACAUGAAUGAAUGAAUAUCAUCCAAUGAAAUUCGAGGAAAAGCUUGUCACUUAAUGAAUUUAUUAAAUUCUGUGAGUUAUUGGCAUGCAAAUUUCUAUUAAGACAGAUAUGAAAUAAUAAUCAUGGGUAUACGAUUGCUUACAACUCUCGUCGAUAAAGUACCAAGUGUAUGGACACAAGAAAAAAGUUUACAAAACACUCCAGUGAUAAUCGAUGGCAACGCUUUGAUGUUCUUUCUUUAUAAACAAACUGACUGUCGCGCUGGCGGUGAGUUCGAUAAGUUCUCUAGAGACAUAGAAAAGUUCUUUGCUAACUUCGCUGGUCAGAAYGUGACACCAUACGUCGUUUUGGAUGGCGCUACUGUAGCAGUCGAUAAAAAGCUUGAAACAGUCAUCAAGCGCACUGAGGAUAAGAUUGAGACGUGCUACAAUUUAUCCAAAGGCAAAUCGGGAAAAUCUGCUGAAACUAAAGUCUUAUCUCCUCUUGCAAAGAUGACAUUUAUAACGAAACUACGCAGCUUGGGAAUAGAGUUUACAGUCUGUGAUAGGGAAGCUGACCAGAAAAUUGCAAUCCUUGCCAACCAGAAAAACUGUCCAGUGAUAAGCAAUGACAGGGCGACUUCUUUAUCUAUGAUCUUCCAGAAGGAUAUAUACCUUUGAAAAAGUUUAAUUAUAAUGACCAAGAUUUGAGKCAUGGACGCUUUUCUCGUGACAAACUGUCUCUUCAUCUGAAAAUUCC